UGAUCAGAUUGCAGUGUUGUGUAUUAAAAUAUGAACCCUCUUUUUAUUCUUUCUAUAUAACCUUGCAUUCUUCCAAAUCAAACCAAUUCUUGAUUCUACUCCUUUUCAAGGUCUUCACUUUGUGGUUGGAACACUACAAUCAAUUAAUAUUUCUCUCCUAUAUAAUCCACUACUCCACCAGAAAAAAUCAAAUGGAUAGUAUUGAUUGGGGCAAUGAGCUUGAACAAAGCUUGAUAAUGUCUUCACCAAAUCUCCUCUACAACAACAACAACAACGAAGACAAAAUCGAGAGCUCGAUUCAUCGGAAAACCGAGAAUAUUGUGCCUCAAUGGAAUUCAAUUAGAUCAGGAGGCGGAAGCGGUUGGGCCGUCGCGGUCAAUGAAGGAGCCACGACGUCGCGGUCCUUCAUUGAAUGCGGUAGGCCCGCCGCAUUCAACACCACUCUUCCUCUUCCUCUUCCUCAUCCUCAUCCUCAUCCUCAUCCUCGAGGAAUCGAAAAUGGCAUCAUCGUCAAUAAUGAAGCGAACAUUCUCGAUGCGGCCGCCUCCUUCGAGUCGUCCCUCGACUGCCUCCUCUCCGCAUCCACCGCCACGUCAGCCGAUCACGACGACAUCUUCUCCGAUUGCUGGAAUUUCGCGAAUCCGGAUAAAAUCGCCCCUAAAAAUUCCGAUGAAAUCGGGAGAAAUCACAAGAGGAAGCUCGAUUUCCGCUCCGAUCGCGGCGAUUUUGAGCCGAAGAAGGCGAGAUUUGGGGAAAAAUCAUUAAAUUUCCACUCCGAUCGCGGCGAUUUUGAGUCGAAGAAGGCGAGAUUUGGGGAAAAAUCGUCGUCGGCGAACAUCAAUUUCCAGCAGGCGAGCUCGUCGGCGUCGUCCGGCGGCGGAGACGAGCCGGACGCGGAGGCGAUCGCGCAGAUGAAGGAGAUAAUCUACCGCGCGGCGGCGUUCCGGCCGGUGGAUUUCGGCGCGGAGGCGGCGGAGAAGCCGAGGCGGAAGAACGUGAGGGUGUCGAGCGAUCCGCAGACGGUGGCGGCGCGGCAGCGGAGAGAGAGGAUCAGCGAGAGGAUUAGGGUUUUGCAGAAGCUCGUCCCCGGCGGGAGCAAAAUGGACACGGCGUCGAUGCUGGAUGAGGCGGCGAAUUACCUGAAAUUCCUCCGAUCGCAGGUGAAAGCGCUGGAGGCGAUGGGGCAGAAGAAUCCGGUGGCGAAUAGUUUUCCGGCGAGUGCGAAUUUCGGAUUCUCGCCGUUUAUUGGCUACUCGUUCGCCAUGCAGCAGCAGCCUCAGUUCUCAAUCCAUCAUAAUCCAAAUCAAUUCAAAAGUUGAGAAAAUAUUUUAAUUUUUUUUUAUUGGUUUCCCCAAUUAAUUUUUCUUGAUGUAGGUUAUCAUGAUUAGAUCAUGAUGUUAUGUGUUUGGGAAAAUAUGGGUUUUUAAUUAACUUGUAAAAGUUGAAGAAGAAUCAUAAUUAUGAAGCCAUCAUUAACCUUGCCUUUUUA